GCGGCAUUUGUAAGACGAUAGGGCACAUCACAUUCUUAUCUCCUCAAAAUUCAUUUCAUUUUCAUAUCACCAUCGCAAAACGAAUAGAUAACCACCUAAAUGUCCUGCUUUCACCACCACACUCUCUUCCCAAACAUGGCUUCAUGUACAACAACAACUUCAUCAUCAUCUCUUAUGCUAACACACCCCUCUUCUUCUAUUCUCACCCCCCAAGAUCUUUCUCCUUCUUCUCUCCGUUCUUUUCCCAGAACCUUCUUUCUCUCUCCCCUCGUUUUGAAGCCUUCUAAGUCGGUUAAUCUAACCUACCAGUCCAGGUCUUCGAUUUUACUUUCUUCCGCUGUCGCCGCUGAUGUUGCUGAAACUGUUGAUGAAGAUGAGAAAGAUGACGUUGAUGAUGUUGCUGAAACUGUGACUGUUGUUACUACUAAGCCUAAGAAAGGGAAAGCUGCAUUACUUCUCAAGAGUGAUAGGGUGAGAUCUAAGAGAUUCUUGGAAAUUCAAAAAUUGAGGGAGUUUAAGAAAGAAUAUGACUUGAAGACAGCAAUUUCUUUGGUAAAAGAAACAGCUAAAACCAAGUUUGUAGAAACAGUAGAAGCCCAUUUCCGCCUCAACAUUGACCCUAAAUAUAAUGAUCAACAGUUAAGAGCUACAGUAAGUCUGCCGAAGGGAACUGGAAAACCCAUAAAAAUAGCCGUUCUUACUCAAGGUGAAAAGUUUGAUGAAGCAAAACUUGCAGGAGCAGAUUUGGUAGGUGGAGAGGAUCUGAUAGAACAGAUAAAAGGGGGAUACAUGGAAUUUGAUAAAUUAAUUGCUUCUCCAGAUAUGAUGCCUAAGGUUGCUACCCUAGGGAAGAUUCUGGGGCCAAGAGGACUCAUGCCAAAUCCAAAAGCUGGCACUGUAACAGCUAAUAUUACUCAGGCUAUAGCAGAAUUCAAACAGGGAAAAGUUGAAUACAGAGCAGAUAAAACAGGAAUCGUGCACUUGCCUUUUGGAAAAGCCGAUUUUUCAGAAGAGGAUCUUCUUACAAACUUGCUUUCUGCAAUAAAAUCAGUAGAAACAAACAAACCAUCGGGUGCGAAAGGUGUGUACUGGAAAAGUGCACACAUUUGCUCAGCAAUGGGGCCUUCAGUCAGGUUAAAUAUCAAGGAGAUGCUUGAUUACAGGCUUCAAUCAGAAUAGAGCACUUGAAUAUGGUUGUUUUGAUUUAGUCAGCUUUAUGGGUCAUAUCUUGCCAAAUAUCUUGUCAAAAGAUGUUACCAAGGUUACAUAUACAGGGAUGAAUUUGGUUGGUUAUAUGUGUUAAAUAUCAUCACCAAAAGUGUGCACACAACACAGUCCUUUGGCCCAAGAUGAGAAUUUUCCUUGUAUUAUUAUUACUUUGUAACUAACACCUUAGAUUUCAUUAUAUUAUCUAUCUAUGGUAAUAAAUUUCCAUUUUUGCUAUUAA